UGUUCACCACCAAUGGUGACAACAAAAAUGAAUGUUUCAUCAGGUGUCCUGAAUGCAACGAGAAUGGACUUGUCAAAUGCCCCAUUUGCUGCUAGAAAUUGAUUAAGACCAAGGUACUCAUCCACACCAAUAGAAAAAGGAACUAGGGGAGAAAAUGGAAGAAAAAACAAUGGUCAUCUAAGGAUAAAGAAGAUGAACAUAGAAGCAAGAAAAUUCAGUGGAUGUUGUUGGCUACCUCAUGAUUGCAGAAGCAUGCACGUGACAUUUCAAUUUGACGAGUGUGUGGACUAUGGGUAUAACAUCCUAUUCUGUUUAAUACUUCUUAAUGCUAUCAUUUUUUAGUGAAAUCAAAAUAUUAUAUUUAAAAAUAUAGUAAAAAUAUAAUAGAAAUUAUUAACAAUGUAACAAAUAUAAACAAAGAGGAAGAAGAAAAGAGUGCAAAAGUAAGCCGAAGAGAUUAUGCUCUCUUCAACCAAAGGCAAAAUCUGAAUGUACAAGAGACAAAGGAAAAUUAUAAAUGCAAUCAAUAAUAAGACUAAAUUACCCUUACAUUUUCAGGUAAUUAAGUUCUAAAAAUUAGAUUGAUACAUUUUCAGGCCACCCAUUCUGUUCCAGUGUCGUAUAAUUUUUUAAAAAGUUUUAUUUUUCUAAAGGAAUUGAUAAAUCAUAAAAUUACUAGAGUUAAAUUCAUACUUUUAGAUAACAACAUUAAUUAACAAUAAUAAAACCUACACUUUUAGAUUUUUACUUCCAAAACUUUAUGACUUAAUGGUGUAUGAUGUCUAAAUAUAUUUUGUCUAAAUAAAGUUAACUCACUUCCUGUCCAGCAUUAAUUAACCAUAGCUGGUUUAAGUCUAAAUAUGAAAAAUUAACCCUAAGCUUGAACCUAUGACGACUCGUAGUAUGAACCCAUUUAUCAACAAGUCAACAAAUUGAUAAAGAAAAAUAAAAGUGGAUCAAGAAAUGUACUAUAGAAUCUAAGACUAUAACAGCACCAGGGCCAGCAUAAACCCGACAUGAUAAAGCCCACAAAUGAUUUGGGAAAUGCUAGGUGCACCCAGCAAUUUAUUGAAUGGGCCAUUUUGCCCUUCAUUAAAAAAGUUAAAUAAAAAGUUUAAAAAGCUUUUCCCUUUCCCGGAAUCAUUCACGCCUCUUCUUCUUGCUUUUGCUUUUCCUCCCUCUUUUGCGAGCCUCUGCGUCUUCUCUUCUCCGCGAGCCCGGCUGCUGCUUGUUUUCGCUUGGACGCCAUUUCCCUUCGAGAUCAUGGCUAAAACACGAGGUUUAGGUCGUGCUAUAGGUAGACUUAUAGGCAGAGAUAGACAUGAUGACCAUGAUGCAGCUGAUGUUCUCGAGAGGCAUAGGCCUACUGUCUCAGCUCGUAGGCAACGGGUUCAUCAGAUGACUGCGGAUGCACGUGAUAUGGCUGAGGAUGUUGCUGACAUGGCUGAGGAUGUCCCUGAUCUGGCUGAGGAGGCACCUGAGAUGUGUGCGGACGUACAAGGUGCUAAUGGUGCUGAGGGGUCACAUGCUGAUGAUGUUGAGGGAUUCCCUAGCGGGCCACGUGACCCGUUAGUGCUGACAUCAUUUACGGACCAUGUUGCACACACUGUUUGUAGUGGAUAGGAACGUCCUGAUUUGAAGUUGGUGUCACAUGGGAGGAAGGUGAC